AUGUCGACCGGCCAAGCUCGAGCGUCACUUGGAUCCAUGGACGAGACAGCAAGAAGCAGCUGGAUACCGGAAGGCGACAUCACCCGGGACCACAUCUGGGACACCUUAAACGACUUUGCACGGGCUGCGCCGCAGUGGCAGCACAUACUUGAGAUCGAACUGGCAACAAAGACAAGCAUUGUCAGCGAUGUAUACUUCAUAGACGAUGCGAAGAUCCCAGCCAUCACGGUUGCAAGACAGGAGGAAGCGCCGAGGACUGAGGAGUGCAGCGAAGGGAAACAGCUGACCGUUGAAAUGUUGUCGGGCAAGGUGGUGCAGAUCAAAGUACCAGCCCCGCACACGGUUGCCCAAGUGAAGCAGUGCUUAGAGCCCCUCCUUGGAAUUCCAGCUUUCCUGCAGGGGAUUAUUGUCGGUGCCGAAGAACUCCCAGACGAGGCUGCCGUGACUGGGGAAUCCGUGGCGUUCCUGCAGCGUGAGCCGCCCAUGAUUGAGGCAGAGGACUUCUUGCGUAGCAUGGUCAAUAUGCCUUGGGAACCUACGGAUGUUGUUCACAAGUGGCACGCCUCCGAUACCGACAAGAAGCUCCCAAUACUUAAAUCGGAGCUCUUGGAGUGGGCGCUGUCUCACCGAAACAUGCAGAAUGUGCCCUUGUGCACGGACGAUGUGCUCAGAGUCCUUGAUGUUUGGCUCGACGCAAAUGCAAAAGCAGGAACACAUCCAGAGAUCUUCAGGGAACAUGCAGGAACACAUCCAGAGAUCUUCAGGGAACAUGUGGAGAAGAUCACUGCGUUCAUGCGCCAUUGCUGCUACAGCCCAUCUUUGCUGGUGGUCUACAAUGAGCCCUAUGGCCACGACGAUGACUUAGAGUAUGUCUUCUUCUUCGUCGGCAGGCUGAGAAGUGAGCCGCAGACACUGGUAGUUCAAAGUUUCAUCCUAAAUUGCUGGGUCUGA